CCUUGCUGGUUCGUACUUCGGCUUGCGUGUCACGUGCGCCAUAACCUUUAUCCUUCCCAAUUGAGAUCAAAACAACACAGCCAUGUGUUUGUUCCCUGGCCCUUCCUUUCAGAACAACAAGCUACCCAAUUAUGGGCUUCAAAAAGUACAACUUCCAGGAGUUGACAGCCAGUAUCCAGGCGAAUUUAGACGCAUCCAACAUCCCAAAUGCCAUCCGCGAUACAUGCCGUAUGAUUGAGACCCCGAUUGAGACCAUCCCCAAUGCGAAGCAGGCUCCCCGCGGACAGGACCCCCUCGAUCUCUACCUCCAGUCUUUGUAUAACACUGAUCUCCAAACAAUUACCAUCCCCCUCCAUAAUGGAUUGGUUAGUGUGGAUGUGUCUGGAGUGCACCUUACCCCUCUAGACUCCUUCUUGGCAGCGAAACGUGCUCACAGACAACCCAGGGGCGCGGCGGCGAAACAGAGGCUGACAGCAAAGACUUUAGACCUGUCCAGUUUAACAUCCACUCCAAUGAAGAGACCCCUGGCCUAUGUAGGGGAGGACACUAUGGACGAUUCACACGGAAACGAGUAUCCUUCGGCAAAAAAAUUAAAGAGAGGCAGCCAGAAUGCUAACUUGUACCUCUUGAAUGACUCGCCGUUUGCCCUACACACACCUUCCCAGCCAGGCAGGGCUGCUGCCUCCACGCCUUUCGCCACAACACCAUUUUUUAUGAAGAAGAUGCACAUAUCGGGAGGCGAGUUGCACACUCCGAAUGCCAAUAACGGGUUGCCCGGUAUGAUCAAGCCGAAGAAUAUAUUGAAGAUGCUUGACUCGUCACUCAUCCACUCUUCGGACUUUAUCGAUGAUUCCAUGUUGAUCAACGAGUACACCCAGCAGUAUGCCGGCCACACCCAGGGAAGUAUCCUCGUGAACACACCGCUGACACACCGGAAACGCACCGACUUGACUAAAAUGUUGGAGAUAUCCGCAGAUGAGUUGGAACGUGCCAAGAAGGAUGAUAUGUAGGGGGUAAUAAAGACCCUGUUUUCUUUUAUGCAGUUGCAUAUACAUUAUUUGCCAGUUUUAUUGCAAUAACCAUACAUUCUCCUGUGGUAAUUUUAAUUGCAAUUUUCUGUAGAAAUUGUGCACAAUGGGGGGUUUUACAUGUCAUCGUGCCUUUGGUAUCACGCAUCAAACGGUUAUUCCAUGUUUGGGCUAGGGGAUCCCCCGUUUCCUUCGGAUGGUUUGGUCUACACGUUAAAAUUGAGACUUAUAACGUCUAGAAAAACGAAAACUUGUUUCUGAAUCUAAACUUGACAAUUGUAAAAACGGAUGAAUCGCAAAUACAGCAUUC